GUGACGUCAUGGUUAGUGGGCGUGUCUCGGAGACGGUUCUGUCUCAGUCCGAGUCUGUCCGUCCUUUAAAAGCUGAACCCGAACCCGAACCCUGAGCCGAGCUGAGCACACUGUGGCCUUCCCCGGGCUGGUUAAGGCGGUCUGAAGGUUUUUAAGGUGUUCUGGACGUUCUAGGUGUUCUGGACGUUCUCUGCUGCAGAGUUUAGAGCUGUCGAGCUGGAACGUCUCCGCUGACUGAUCUCCGUGUUGUUCUCUGUGUCCGUGCAGUGCUGAUGGAUCCCUGGCUGGAAUGCAUGGAUUUCGGUGUUGCAAUGACUAAAGAGGCGGGAAAGAUGAUCCGUGACGCUCUUCAGAGAGAGAUAUCGGUCAGGGAGAAGAGCUCUCCGGUGGACCUGGUCACUGAGACCGACCAGAAGGUGGAGGAGCUCAUUAUAUCCUCCAUCAGGGAGAAGUUCCCCACUCACAGUUUUAUAGGUGAGGAGUCUGUGGCCGCCGGAGCCCCCAGUGCUCUCACAGACGGCCCCACCUGGAUCAUCGACCCGAUUGAUGGAACCACUAACUUUGUCCACAGGUUCCCCUUCAUCUCCGUCUCCAUCGGCUUCACGGUGAACAGACAGAUUGAGUUCGGCAUCGUGUUCAGCUGCCUGGAGAAUAAAAUGUACACCGCGCGGCGCGGAAGAGGAGCGUUCUGCAACGGAGCCCCGAUCACGGUCUCAGGGCAGCAAGACAUCACCAAGUCCCUCAUACUGACAGAAAUGGGCUUCAAGAAAGAUUCUGAACACUUCAGAGCCAUGAUGGCCAACAUGGAGAGCAUUCUCAGUAUCCCGGUUCACGGGAUCCGGGCGCCUGGCAGUGCAGCGGUGAACAUGUGUUUGGUCGCGUGUGGAGCAGCAGACGCCUAUUACCACAUAGGAAUCCACUGCUGGGACAUGGCAGGAGGGGCUGCCAUACUGACUGAGGCUGGAGGAGUCGUCAUGGACAUCACAGGGGGCCCGUUUGAUCUGAUGUCUCGGAGGCUGAUCGCAGCCAGCAGUCAAGGGAUAGCAGAGAGCAUCGCCAAGAAAAUACAGCCGUUCUGCUGCGGACGAGACGACACGGAGAGCUAGAUCACGCGCUGCCUGCACACCAGAUAAAGGGAUAAACACAUCCUGUAUGCAGAUAUACAGUGUAAACUGUCAGUUAUCAGGAGAGCCGGCAUGUAACUGACCGCCUUCAUUCACCAAUUCCCCAUAAACUACAUCAGUUUAGUAGUUCAGACUCAGGCUUGAGUCUUAGAUCAGUGUUUUGCGAGAUGUGUGUGUCGGUCGUUGGCUUAGAUACACAUUCAUGUCCAGAUACUGAUACUGGAGCUCAUGGAGGUGUAUUGGGUCUAUAGAGUCUGAAUCCAGUUCUGAUAUUUUAGUUUACCCUGCUUUACUCUCUUUACUCUGCUGUCAUAAGAGUAAUAAACUGACCUGGUCCACAGCUCAAAGGCACAUUUUCAGAAGUUAACAAGCUUAAAUAUCUGCAGAUGUUUGUAAAGUGGAAAACAAACAUACCCGAAAAGCUGCGUGUGGCUUCUGCAUUCUCAAAAGUCAGAGGUUCUGGUUAAACUAGGCGAACUUUCAUCAUUAAACUGACAACCUGAAAAAAAUGGA